AUGUCGAAGUCUGCUGCACGUGGUGCCCCAAACAUUAUGAUUUCUGGUACCCCCGGUACAGGUAAAACAACUGUAGCUAAGGAACUUGCCCAGCGAAGUGGACUCAACUAUAUCAGCGUUGGAGAUGUUGCAGAAAAUGCUGAUUGUUUGGAUGGCUAUGAUGAGGAGCUGCAGUGCGGUAUUCUGGAUGAAGAUAGGCUGAUCGAUGAACUAGAAGAUGUCAUGUCCCAAGGUGGAAACAUUGUUGAUUACCACUCGUGUGAAUUCUUCCCAGAGAGAUGGUUUGACAUUGUCUUUGUUCUUCGAACAGAUAACUCAGUACUUCACAGCCGUCUGACAGAAAGAGGCUACAAUGAGAAGAAAAUGGAGGCUAACAUAUCUUCUGAAAUAUUCCAAGUCAUCCUUGACGCUGCCAGAGAAUCAUACCCUGUGGAAAUUGUUCACGAACUGCAGUCAAACACUGCUGAUCAGCUGGAGUCCAACUUGGAUAGGAUGUUAGAGUGGAUAGAGCUUUGGAAGCAGCAACACUGA